AUGCCGUCAGAUCUCUUGUGUUGUGAGGUUGUGUCAGGUAACCUUCGGGGAAGGUUAUGCUUUCAGAUCUCUUUUGUGUGUAAGAUUGUGAUGGGUAACCUUCGGGGAAGGUUAUGCCCUCAGAUCUUGUUUAUGCAGAAUGGCUAUGCCGCUAAACCUCGAGUGCAUACUAACAUGGUGCGUAAGGCCCAUAUGUUGAGUAUGACUCCGAUGUGGAAUGAUCACGGACGGCUGAGCCGCCAGAUCUUUCGAGGUUCGUGUGGGUACUCUUCCGAGGCAAGGGAAGCUCUGCCGCAGAACCGAGGGUGUAGUCAAGCGCAUUCUCGCACGUCAGAGCCCAACCGGAUUGGCAGCGUGGAGGCUGUGCAUGAAGGGAGGAAGACUCGGAGGAUAACCUGGUCAGCUGCCUUGGCCGAGUAUGGUACCAGAUGA